CGAACCCACCAGUUCCGGUAGUUGAGCAUCCCUCAUUUCGCUAGCUUUAGACGCCUGUUAAACUAGCGUGUACAGAGUUUACGUGUAGUGAAGCUACUGUGAACAUGGUUUACUAAUUGUGUGUGCGCCAAGGUGUCGUGGGAAUUACGGAACUGGACCGAAAGUAAUGUUGUUUUCCUUUCCGAAAGAUGCGGAUCUGCGUUGGACGAAGGUUUGUGAACUUCACUUCACCGAAUCUGACAUCUGCCGGCAUACUGAAUGUUAUGAUGAAGUGAAAGGCACAAAGCUUACUGUCAAGCUUUCAAGACCAAGGCUUAGAGAGGGUGCUGUCCCAUCAGUGUUACCAGGCUGCCCAAGCUAUUUGUCUACUCCAUCCACCAGUUCUCGAGAAAGUGCAGAGGAAAGGAGAGCUAGAUUGGACAAUGAACAUCUUCUACAAGCAAUUAAAGACAGUAUAGUAACCAAAACAGAGUAUGAUUGGAGGAAGUUAUUUUCUACUUUUGAAGCAUUUCUGCAGUGCCUAGAAAGAGAAACCAUUCCCAGUGAAUGGACCAUUGUUAGGAGAAGUGACUCCGUCCUAUUUCUAUUGCUUACUGUAUUGCCUGCUCCAUCUGUAUCUGUUGUAAUGACAAAUGAUUUGCAGUUGUCUGCCUAUCAAAGUAACACUGAGAUAAGAAAGAUAGGCAGUAGAAAAACAUCACACAAACUUUCAAAUAUGAAUGAUUUGUUUACAGUAUUAGACAAAGUGAAAGAAUUAGUCAGUGCAAAAGAAAAUUCAUUAAAAAGCCAGUGCCUUCUUAUACAGGACAUUUUAAAUGACAUGUGCAGUUCUGUAGAUGAAGAAAAACAGAAACAAAUUCAAUUCUUAAGUGAGCAAGUUAAGUUGCUAUGUAGCUGUGAGGAAAACUAUAGGUUUAAUCCUCACUUUUCUGUAUUUUGUUGUAUCCUGCAUUCUAUCUCCCCUCAUGCCUAUAAAUUUUUGAGGUCAUCUGGCAAUCUUAUUCUUCCUCAUCCAAGAACUUUACAGAAAAUAUGUUCCUCAUAUACUAAUGGUCCUCAUAAUGAACAAAAUGAAGGUGCUAUGCUCCUGUAUAUUAAGGAAAGAUUUAAAUCUUUGCAGGAAAGUGAUUGUACCAUUUCUUUAAUGAUGGAUGAAAUUCAUAUUAAGCCUUAUUUUGAUUACAAGGGAGGAAACAUUGUGGGGGCAGCAUUUGAUAGUGACGAGGCUGCUACUACAGCAUAUGUCUUUAUGAUACAAUCAUUGCUGUCUUCUUUUAAAGAAGUAGUGCAUGUCCUUCCAGUGAGAAACCUUGUAGCUGAACAGUUACUUUUGUAUGUGAAGAAAAUAUUAUGUGGCCUUUAUGAUAUUGGUUUCAAAGUUAUUUGUGUAGUUAGUGACAACAAUGCUAUAAAUAGGAAAUCUAUGGCACUUUUUAGCUCACCUCCAAAACUCAGUAUAGUUUACCCACAUCCAGCUAAUCCAACUAAGCCACUAUUUUUUAUAAUUGAUUCUGUCCACAUCCUCAAGUGUAUAUGUAAUAAUAGGGUUAAUCAAAAGGACUCACAAGUUUUGCUCAAAUAUCCACAAUUUGAUGGAAGCAGUGAUGAUUGUCAGGUGUUAAUGGCAUCUUUUGAAGCAUUGAGGCAGCUUCAUAAGAUUGAAUGUAAUGGUUUACUUAAGCACUCUUAUGGUCUUUCUUUGCAGUCUCUUUAUCCAUCUUCACUUGAGAAACAGAAUGUGAGCCUUGUUUUGCAAGUAUUCAAUGAAUAUACAGCUGAAGCCAUUUCAACUGUAGGAGAACAGAAAAACUUGUUACAUUACCAGACCACUGCAUAAUUUAUUAAAAUUAUACUUACAUGGUGGAAAAUUGUAAAUGUUAAGACAGUUCACAAAGGUGUUCGACUAAAUGAUCUCUUCCAGUGCCCUCUAUCUUUAAGUAAUAUUGAUGAAAAAUUAGUUUUCUUGGAAAAGUUUCUUGUGUGGCUCGAUAAGUGGAAGGACUUAGGCCUGAAAAAUAAUACUCUUUCAAAAGAUACACAUACAGCUCUGACACACACAACCUAUGGUUUGAUUGAGAUGGCAAGGUACUGUACUAAUGAGCUUGGUUUCACUUAUUUUUUGCCUGGAAAAAUUCAAACUGAUUCUCUGGAAGCAAGGUUUAGCAGUUACCAAUCAAUGGCUGGCUCUCAGUGUCUCAUAUCUGUGAGACAGAUUUUUGAAGUGGAAGCAAAGAUGAGGAUGCAGAACAUGUUACCACUCAUGUUGAA